GGUGGUGAAGCUGUGGUGACCUUUUCAUUGCAAUGACACACUUCAUCACACUGACUGAUCGUCUGCUAAACAUCAGCAUGAAGCUGCUUCCUCUGAUCUGUCUCAACACACUCUGCGCCACAGCCGGGGCCCUGCUGGUCCAGUCUCCUCCCUCUGUAUCUGUGACACCGGGGUCAAAGGUCAGCCUCAGCUGUGACAUCACUCACAUGGGUAGGCAGUGCUCUGCUGUGGUGUGGCUGCAUGUCGGACAGGUGAGCGGUCUCAGUGUGUGCACUCAGUUUGUGUCUGCGGCUCAGACUGGGACUCUGUGUCGGCUUGAGAUCUCCAGCGCCACCCUGCAGGACGCUGGCAGGUACUACUGUGUCUACAUCAACGGGCUCAUGCUAGUGACGGGAGACGGGACCACAGUGACUGUCACAGAGUCGGUGCUCCACAGUCCGGUGGUUGACCUCCUGGUUCCUUCAGACAAUGUCGACUCCUCCCUCUUCUCCGUCCCCUUGAUCUGUCUAGCGUCUGGACUGGAGGACACUGGUCGGGUCACAGUGAACUGGGAGGUGGACUGGGAAAAGGACAAGGCUAAGCUCAGGUCCAGAAUCCUCCCUCAAAGUGAGGCAGGUGUCAUCGGCAUACAGGUUUAUGUUCCUGUAGAGACCUGGAGGGGCGGAGCUGAAGUGUCCUGUGUGCUGACUGAUGGAGAGCUGGAGAUCAGGAAGACUGUCAGCAGCAGGACAGGAAAAUCCAGUGACUGUGUGUUCCCGAUUGCCUUUGUGAGCACAGUGUGUGUCCUCCUGCUCGUCGUUACAGUGACGCUCAGCAUCCUGUUGUCAUGCCGACGGAGAGGACUCGAAAGAAAAUCAGAUGAUCCGCCGGCGGUCAGUGACGAGGCCUCGGCAGAUCUUCAUUAUGCUGCUCUGAGGUUUGAAACUUCAGGCAGAAGAAACAUCAGCUGACACUGCAGUUCGUCUUCUGUGUGGGAACAAACGGCUGUUAAUGUCUGAGGACUGGAGAUGACUUCACACUCAGAUCCUCCUCAUUCACCUGUAAUAUAUCGUAUAAAAUGUUUGUCAGCGAAUCUGUCAAAAACUUGAUCCCUGUGUUUGUAGUUUGUCGCAUUUUGUUAAUAUGUCAAAGACUGUCGUAUCUGUUCCAGUUUGUCUGCUGGUUUGGCUCCUUGUGAUUUGUGUGAACUGAAUUCAUUGUGAACAAUAAUGUUGGUUUCCGGUAAAUGUUUCAGAACGUGAGGUGUGUUAAAGAGAAAAGAGGACAUGGAAACUAAGUGUGUCAGCUGCAGAGGAUUUUCCUGCUGACUGAAAAACAAACUGACCUUCUUCUGUCUCUCUUUGUGUCGACUCGGCUGUUUUCUGCUGCAGCUCAGUGGAAACUCUCUCAGUCUGCAGGUUUGCUGUGUUGCUGUCACUGAGCUGCACUUUGACUAAAAGGCAGAUGUUGGCCCUCAGUGCAUCACAGUCUCCAGGAGGGCUAGUAGUAUUGUGGAUAUAUAAAUACACUGAAACAAAGGGAAGAAAUCACCUCUCAGUGUCUCUGCACCACAGCCUCACCUGACUGACUGAGCAUGUGGCUGAUAGGCAGAGUGUUUUCAGGUGUGUCCAGGUGAGACAGGGACGGGGAUGAGUCAUGGGAAGCUGGUCUGGGGUCUGUGCUGUAGCUCCAUCACACAUACAGAUGACUGACAGUUAGUGUGGAGACAUAGAAAAGCUGUGGUGCAGACAAACACGCAGAAUUAUCAGCAAAGAAUUCACAGCUGAGAAGAAGCAGAGUCAGACGACAGUAAGGUUCAGCAUCAACCUCUGAAACCACAGCUGUCUGUUUAACUCACUGAGAUGCAGAGAUAGAGAGCUGUGAUAUGAAGCAUGUCACUUGCAGGUCUCACAUUGACCUGUACGAGUUGUUUCAGCUACUGAUGAACAUUUAACGGCUUAAAAACAGUAUUUGUAUGGAGGACUAAAAAUGACUGAAUCAAUAAAUAAAGAAAUAUAAUAAAUGAAUGAAUACAUACUGUAA